AUGGUCAAAGUAUCAGCAGUAGAGGUCAACACACCGGAGGAGAUAUUUGUGGAGAAUGGGACAGACGCAAAGCUUCCAUGCACAUUUACAUCUGUGGAAGUGAUCAGCAGCGCAGCAUCUGUUUCUUGGAGUUUUCAGCCAGAGGGAGCUGCAACUCGUAUCUCAUUUUUCUAUUACUUUAAUGGAAAGCCAUACCCUGGAAAGGACAUACCAUUUAAAGACAGAAUCACUUGGGCUGGAGAUCUUAACAAGAAAGAUGCUUCUAUCAGUAUAUCAAACAUGCAGUUCCGGGACAACGGCACUUACAUUUGCGAUGUCAAGAACCCACCUGACAUUGUUGUCAAACCAGGAGAAAUCCGAGUUAGAGUUGUGGAGAAAGACAGCCUGCCUGCGUUCCCCAUUGCCAUGGUGGCAGGGAUAGUCAUCGGUACGGUUACAGGUCUCUCACCGCUCAUCUCUAUUGUCGUGUGUCUUGUCAUCAGAAAGAACAACUCUAAAAAACGAUACUCUGGCUGCAGUACAUCUGAGAGCUUGAUGUCACCGGUUAAGCAGGCUCCGCAGAAGUCGCCCUCCGACACAGAGGGUCUGGUAAACAGCGUGCCCGCCAGAUCACACCAGGGCCCAGUCAUUUACGCGCAGUUAGAUCACUCCGGAGGACAGCACAGCGACAAGAUUAACAAGUCAGAGUCUGUGGUUUAUGCUGAUAUUCGGAAGAACUGAGAUGAGAUCCUAAGCUAUCCAAAGGAAAACACACAUUCAGACUGGAAUUGCUUGAACAAGAUUUGACCCAGAGAACUCACAUGUGGCCUUUGAUGCCUAGGCUAGGACCAAUGCAUGUGCAUACAGAAGGAAAGAUAUAUAUGUAUUGUGUGUAAAUAGUCUAUUUAAUCGUACAGAAGUGAGACCAAUGUUGCAUGUUGAAAUGCGGUAAGAAUUUUGCUUAUAAAUUGCCAAUAUUCUUUUUUGUAUCUUGUGUGACAACAGAGAAAGUUAAAACUCACAUCACAAUUUUAAAAUAUUUUUAUCUUGAUUAUUAAUGGAGAAACUGGAAGAUGCCUGAAGAUUCUAGAUUGACCUGGAGAUUCUUUUUUUGCUUAUAGGGCCUAAUUUCUUUUGUUGAGGUGUUCUUUAUGUAUACAGGGUAUUCGUCUUUCCUUGGUCAGAUUCUCAGUACAAGCUGCCUUCUCAUAUAAACUAGACACUCUCACUCGGUCUUGUAAGCCAAAUUGUGACUCCUAGCGAUCAGAAAUGUAUGUCUUAGCAGUGUUAAGUGAAGGAAAUGUUUAGGCCUACCUGACCUGUGUAACACAGGUCACAGAACUGUUUACUUCUGUAUUGAGCCCAUCUAUUCGAGCUUAGCCCUUUAAGGUACAGGGAUAGUGUUGAUCUGAUGAAUUUUGUGAAAUGGUAGUUUACCUGUGAAAACUUAAGAGCUAGUGAGUUAAAGGGAUAGGAAGCUAUAGCUGUAGGGGGUUGCCUCAGAAUCUGUUGAACCUUUCAAUGAAAUGUUUCUUCCUCGAAGCUCUGUCAUUUCAUAUAAGCGUGAAAAAGGGCUCCAAGGGAUCUGGAAGCUGUAGUACUCCCUCACCUCUCUCCCAUGGCUCCAUUAUACCACUGACACUUCCUUAGAGAUGCUUUAUCUGUUCUUAAAAGCCUGUAGUGGAGGCUGAAUGACCUCUGGAGGAAAUCUAGGACUUCAGUCUUUGUUUUUUUGAUGUGUUUUUUUGUGUAACCUGUAUUUGCACAGAGGAUGCGGAGGGCAGUUUAUUUCCUUCCUCUCUGCAAGUCUACUACUUGAAUAUAAUUUCCCAGCUUCUUGUUUCUAGAUUAAACUCCUCAUAGAUUACUAAGGAUCUCUGAUCGUUCUCUUGUGCUGAAGAGGAUCUUUCUUUAGCUGACCCAUUUGAAAUGAGCACCUGAAAUCUGGUGCUCAAAACUAGAAGUGGGAUUCCAGCUGAGGUCUUCUCAGAGUAGCAUAUAGUAGAAGGAUUUCUGUUUUGUACAUCCUAAUGUAGUGUUGGCUUUUGUAGCAGCAAAUAAUUUUCAGUUUGGUCUUCCAUAACCCCUUCUCUCUGAUUCUUACCCAUUUCCUAGUUCAGUCUACUUCACAGAAUCAGUCACAGAAUGGUUCAGGUUGGAAGGGACCUCUGGAGAUCAUCUAGUCCAAACCCCACCUCCUC